AUGAGUGAAAGCGAUCAAGGACAAGACAGAGGCACAAAUACAUCACCAAAUAACAUUGAAAAUAAUAAUAAUUCAAACUCAGCCUCCGCCCAACUCAAUAGUGGUACUGAGCAAACAAGAAACAUAACCGUUUCCAUUCAGUAUUCGUAUUUCACUCCGGAGAGGCUAGCACAUUUAAGCAAUAUAUCUAAUAAUGGUAAUACUGAAAAUAAUAGUGCAACGUCCGCUAGCACGAUUGCCCCAGGUACUGGGCCCAGCUUUGGAAUCGGAAAUGGGGGUCAUCAACCUGACGGCGCUCUUGUUCUAUCUUUUCGUGAUGUUCCUGCGUCUACUCCCCAAGACCGUUUGAACAGCUUCAUAUCUGUUGCCGCUCAGCUAGCAAUGGAGAGAUUCAACAGAUUGUUAAAUAGACCAAAAGGUAUAACAAAGGAUGAGUUUGAUAAACUGCCUGUGCUGCCGGUAUCUGAUCUACCCAAAACUGAAGGACCUUUGUGUAGUAUAUGUUAUGACGAAUAUGAAGAUGAAAGCGAUCCUUCUAAAACAAAAAGAAAAAGGGAUUCAGAAGAUGAAGGGGAAUCUGAAGGGACAAAAAAAAGGAAGGAUAACGAAGGUGCGCUCAACACACGUAUAAUCGCUGGCAAUGGCAGUGGCCCAUCGAUUACAAAUGCUGCGGUUGUUGAGCAGCCUCCAGAUCUUCAUGAUGAGGAAACUAAUCCAAGCUACAAGCACUCACCAAUCAAGUUGCCUUGCGGCCACAUUUUUGGAAGAGAAUGUAUUUACAAAUGGUCAAGAUUAGAAAAUUCCUGUCCCCUCUGUAGACAAAAGAUUAGCGAAUCUGCAGGUGUUCAACGUGCAGCUCAACAAGAUACGGAUGAAGUAGCAGCUAACGAAGCCGCCUUUGAACGUAUUAGACGAGUUCUGUACGAUCCAACUGCAGCGAAUAAUACUAACGAAAACGCUACCGCAUCCGAGAAUACUUCCAAUACAACGGUUCCUACUAUUGGAAACGCGAAUUCUGGCGAACAGAUGUUAUCAAGGACAGGCUUCUUCCUAAUGCCUCAAAACGGCCAAUCUCUACACGAUCCAGUCCGCUUACCACCUAACGAUAGCGAUAGAAAUGUUUUCAGCGGACUGAACUCAACUGACCAAAAUCUACCUUCUAACCCUGGUGGUUCGAAUAACAAUCAAAGUCCGCGCUGGGUUCCAAUCCCCUUGACCUUAUUCCAAUUCCACAGUCCAAAUCCGAACUCUAACGCUUCUAAUUCUUCAGCAAGCCCAUCGACAACGACCGGUUCAAACUCAAAUGACACUAGCAGUGACGCUACAGAUGCUCACCAUAACAGACUAAGAGCUGUUUUGGAUCACAUAUUCAACGUUGCUCAGGGAGGAACAUCAGAUACCUCCGAAACAGAAACUUCUGGAGCGCAAACUGUUCAAAACCAAGGACAUAAUGACACAUCGUCAUUUGAUGCAACCCAAGGAAGUUCCUUUUUGGACAAUAUUUCACGACUAACAGGCCAUUUCAGGAAUGGCUCAAGGGAAAACAAUAACGACAAUAACUAUAACAAUGAUCAUCAAGGAAAUGGAAGUACUACCGACAGCAACAGAAAUAACUUAUUUUCCUCGGGUGUUGCCAGCUAUAGAAAUCAAAAUGGUGAUGUUACUACUGUUGAACUAAACAGCAACAAUUCUGCCCACCCACCUGCAGACGAAAAUUCCUCCCAAGACCAAGAUUCAAGUAGCUCGGACACGACUAUUCAUAACAACGUCCCUAAUGAUAACAAUGAGCAACGAUCAACUCAAUAG